UAUCCAGCAUAUUAUUUAGUUUUUAGAUAAAUGAAAAGAAUUGUUUUGAUAACCUAUUUAUAUGGAUUACAAGGGUUACCUUAUGGACUACAAACAAAUUUUUUACCCUUGGUGUUGAAAAAAGAUGGUUAUAACUUAUGGAAUAUAAGCUUCAUUCAUGUGUUGAGCUUACCAUGGCUACUUAAGGGGAUUUUGGCAACACAAUUAAAUAAUUGCGUGUCACAAAGAAAGCAUUGGAUUAGUUGCUCGUUAAUGUUGCUAUCAGUUUCUUUUACUACUAUUGGUUUUUCUUUUAACAAUAUUUAUGUUCUAACCAUUUUGCUAUUUAUAAAUAGUCUUCUAGCUGUAAUUAUGGAUAUAGCAGUUGAUGCAACAGCAAUUGCAUUUGUUAAACAGGAAAAUAACAUGCAAGAAAACACAACUACGAUGUUGAAAUUAGCAAAGUCUGAACAACAGCUUCAUGAAGCACUAGAAAAGCACAAGAAAUAUGCCAAAAAACUUAAAGAAAAAGAGGAACAGCUUUUAGAUACAAAAAAAAAGUUAGAAGCAUCAAACAUUGAGCUACAAAGAGAGCGUAAGCUGUCAGAAGAGUUGUAUGAAAAACUAAAGAAACUUGAAGCACAACUUCACAAUUUUGAAAAUCAAAAUCCAGUUGGCCAAAAUGAUGUUGCAAUAUCAGAUGAUCUUGUAAAAAUGGAAAUCAAUAGGAAAAUAUUAGAAGAACAACUAAAUACAUCUACAUCACCUAUAGCUAGUCUUAUGUUAUCAUGCACGCUUUGUCUACAAAGAAUAUGUAUUAGUGAUUUGGAAACACAUUCACAUAAAUGUUCUAUUGGUCCAAAAAUGAAAACAAGUGAUCCAAAUUUACAAAAAAUGCCUGAUAUUUUAAUAUCAACAGUGACAACUUCUGAUUCUUCAGAUGGUUUUUUUUACAGAGUUAUUUCUAAGGCUACGCUCCCAAAGUUUAAAAAUGAUGUUUAUGCUGUUGAACGAUCUAGUGAAGAGUUUGUAUGGUUUCGCAAAGCUCUCGAGGAACUUUAUCCAUGGCGUAUCAUACCACCAAUUAUUUUUACUGAAGAUUUGAAUGGAAAUGUGAGAGAAUUACAAAGGUUUCUUAGCAGAAUAUGUGCUCAUAAAAUGCUAAGAAGUGAUUCUUUUGUACGUAAAUUUCUUACUGCUACUAAUAAAGAAUUGGAAAAAACAAAGAAGUCUUAUAAAAAACAAGUCCAUGUGCCAUUGUCUCCACAAAAACCACACAUUGAGGCAGUAAACAAAGAAGGUCUUUUAUAUCGAGCUCAAAUUUAUAUUUCUUCACUGAUUGAAAAUAUUGAGACAUUAUUGAAAUUUUUUCGUUCAAAUGUUAACAAUUCAUUAGUUGAUGGUUUACAAAAAUGUUUUUUAAAAAUAAGUGAAUCUGAAGCUAACAAUACUUACCUGAAGGUUGUUGCAAUGAGGUUGGGAAACAUCAUAGGAGAUCUUGAAAACAAGUCCAAUGUUAUAUACGAUGAGAGCAACCUUAUAGAAGAUUUAUCAAGUAUUCUAGAGUAUGUUCGAUCAGCAGAUGAGUUAUUAAUACGUGUUGAACAUUCAAUCAAUACAUUAUUAUAUUGGGAAGAAGAAAUGAGAGUUUUAGAGGAAAUCAAUGAAAGCACAAAUAAUGAGGAAGGAACAAAUAAUCAAAAAGAGCUUAAAAGAACACAAUCUUGGGCUGAGGCUUCAUCCAAUUGUCACACAGCUCAUGAAGAGCUCGAACGCAUUUGUCGAAAUCUUUCAACAGAGUUGUCUGAGUUUGAUUUGCGAAAAGAACAAGAACUAAAAGAAGUUUUCAUCGAAUAUGCAGAUUCAAGAGUUGAUGUUUUUCAAAAACUUCAAAGCAAGUGGUUUGGAAUAAGACUCGUGCUAGACACAGAAAUAGUUCGUUCUCAGCGUGCGUUUGAUACAACCGAUGUUUAAUGCCUCUUGAGUAUUUUUCUUCUUUGUAUUAGUUCCGCUAAAUUCGUUUUUUAUUUAUUUUUUAAUUAUUUAUUUUAUAAUUUAUCAUUUUGUAAAAUAUGAAAUUUAAAAUUCUAUCAUUUAUUUAUAAAAUGUUUAGUGAAAAAGCAAGGGUAGCAGUUUGCAUUUUACAGCUUUAAUUAGAAAGGUAAUCUUUCUAACUUGUAUGAACUCUUCAAUAUCUUUUAACUAUUUUCAAGACAGUCUGUUUUUAUGGAGGCGUCUGUUUUUUGGAACAUGUUUGCCUCUUGGAAUCCGACUGUCUCCAUCUACCCGUCUGUCUAUUGUCUGUCGUUUCAAACAAAAUCUACAAUUUCUUCAAAGUCGUUUAGUUUCUAACUUGCUUAAUUUUAUUAUGCUUUGGAAUAUUAAAAAAGUUAUUUUUUUAUUUUUUACGAAAAUUUUAUAUGUAUAAAAACUAACUGUAAAUUACGAAACCUUUUGAUGUAUAAAUUUCGCGAAGUUAUUUUGUAAUUUGAAAAAUGUUUUCAAAAGACUAAGUAAAUAACUCUUUUUCUA